AUAUUAACAAUCACAAUUACCAAACCUUACAUCUGAAUCACCUUUGAAUCACCUUUAGUUUGAAUAUGAAUCCUAUAUGACGUGGUAUUUCAAAUUUCUCAAUCUUCUCCUCUCUACUAUCAACGUGUCCAGACUGAAACCUGACCAGCUCACUCAAAUGUGAGCGAUGCUUAAAUGUAAAGAAAAAUACAAGUAGACAGGCUAUAUUUUCUGAGAAAAUGUGUGUGUGCACCAUGAAAAAACAAUUCUUAAAGCUCUCUUUGUGGCCUUUGUUUGGCUUUGCUGGUAUGAUAGUACACAGUACAGUACUGCCAAACCACAUUCCCAAAGUCAAUAAUAACUGAGUAAAAAGUAACGGUAAGAAUAAUUCAACCUAUUAAGUCUAAAAUAACAAUCAAAAUAAUGUCAGUAGCAAUUACAGUUUCAUUACCUUACAAAGCUCACAGCCUCAGUGUAAAUUUGAAGGCUAAUUUAAUGAUAUAAAAUCUACAGUUUCAGAAAUUAUAAAUAGCAACUAGAAAUUUCUCCUGGAUGAGCUUAACGUUUUGAUUAGUAACACACCAAUAUGAUGAGUCUAUAGUUAGGAGACCUUGUGACCAAAUCUCCCAAUUAAUAGCAGAAGUGUGCUCUCUAGCCCCCUCUACAGGCCACCCGGUGGCAAUAACACUGGGUGUGGCAUGGACGAUUAAACUGGACCCCGGGCAGCCCACACAUCCAAGACUAACAGUUGCAGCCACAAUUGAGCUGGCUGCUCUGACACUUGCCCGAGUCAUCUUUGGUGUUGUGUACAGGACCGACUGCCCUCAGCAGCCGAAAAUCCCCAACUACCUGUUGGGGUUGGCUUUGAUAACCCUGACAGCAUCGAGGUGGUUCAUCUUUCCCUGUGAUAGGUCUCAGCCACGCCCAGCCACCCCCAGCUGCCUGCAGAACUCACUGAAGUGUUUCAUGUCCCUGUGUUGGAUCUACCUCAUGGUGGCUGGUGAUGUGUGGAUCUUCUCCGUCUAUCAGCCCAACUACGACCCCACCGCUGCUGAUGGCCUAUACUGUAACAAGACCCUGUACACUUUUGCCUUCUGGAAUGCAAUUUGGGAAAGUAUGAAAUUCGCCUUCCUGCUGGCCAAGUUCUGCCAAGGACUGCUCUGCUGUGUUUUGCUACAAGAACCUCCAGCAGCAGCAGAGAGAGACUUCUACAGGAACGUAUAAGACACAGACGGGACGGGUGAAGAUACCUAUUUUCCUGCCCUCUGCAAAACCAACAUAUCAUAGUGACGUUUAUGACAUAACGUCAAUGAAAAAAAUCACUGUAAAUAUUCCUAAAAUAAUUAUUACUGUGGUAUUCAAAAAUUGAGUUAAAUGGUGAUGUUAUCAUAUUCUAGGUUGUAGUAAUAACCUGUUUUCAGUGUAAAGUCUACAACAUUAUUUGUUCUUAUUUUAUGUAACACCUUUUUAUCAAUGUUUUUCCCAGAUUUCUUAAUAAAAGUGAGUCUCUAAACACAUUUAAGCUUUGGGAGGCUUUAAUGCUAAUAGAUGCAACCACCCUGAGUGUGUAUUUGCUGGUUAAAGUAUAGAUUAACUGGAUUUUUUAGGCAAUCCCUGCUGCAUGCCUGUGCAGUUUGGGCAAUACGGGUCGAUGACCUCCUGUUGCAAACCACCAAUGACAGGAAAGUAAACAUGAGACUGGGAUAAAUACCUCCCACAGUCACGCUGCUCUUGCUCCUUUCAGCCGAGAGGGAGCCGCUAACAAGCCUGGCAACAGUAACACACAAAUGAACUCUGAUCCGAGAGAAGUAGCUACCAAAACAAGCGAGAUUUUUCACCCGCAAUGACAGACCAGGAUAAAAUCAAAGAGAUGGUCUCCCAGUGCCUGCAGGCCAGAGAUAUGGCCUAUUGCCCUUACAGCCGAUUUCCUGUCGGUGCUGCAGUAUUAACAGCAGAUGGCACUAUAAUUACAGGUUGUAAUGUGGAAAACGCCUCCUACGGCCUGACGGUGUGUGCUGAGCGGACGGCCGUCCAGAGGGCCGUGGCCGAGGGACACAGGCACUUCAGAGCCAUCGCUGUCACAUGUGAUAUCAAAGACCGUUUUGUCGGGCCGUGUGGAGCCUGUCGACAGGUUCUCAUGGAGUUUGCAUCUGAUUGGACGGUGUACCUGACCAAGCCGGAUGGAUCUUACAAAGAAACCUCCCUCAGUGAACUGCUGCCUCUGGCUUUCACUCCAGGCCACCUUACACAGCACUGAUGGAGACACAGUAUUAUUUCUUUGGCAUUGUUUUUUUUUUUGUGUGUGUGUGUGUGUGUGUGUGUGUGUGUGGACGGGAGAGAGUGUGUAUGGAAAGAG